GACAUGGCCAUCUAUUUACACAUUGUGUAAAAUUGCAAGUUCAGGAGAGCAUGUUCUGUAGCGAAAAGCAUCAUGGUGGUACUUGAACCGCUUGAACUUUCUAUUAAUGAAAGUUUUCUUCGUCCUAUACGUACGAUAUAUCGUGGCACCUACGCAAUCGUGGUUUCCUAGUGUUGCUGAGUUAAGUGCAACAGCAACUUAGGUGUGAAAACCAUGUUAACAAUAGCAUUGCAUGUUGUACCACUUUCAAAAAUCCUGGUUAGUUGCAACACCGGAAAUCAAUCUGGAUUUGCCAAGUGGUUCGAGAAUCCAGAUGAUUCCUUGACUCUUAAACAAUGUUAGCAUAAGAUAGGAAUCUAGGUGGUUCACUAGGGUCUCCUUGAAAGAUAUAAAUAUCCUUGCAAGUAAGAGUCUGAUUUCUAAAUUACUUUGGGUUAGGCCUAUUAGCACUAUGCCUUUGUAUUUGUAAUAGCUCAUGCCGACUUGUCUGAACAUUCAGGUUUAAUAUCCCACAAGAUUUUUUUUAAAUUCUCACCUGAAAAUGUUCAGUAACAAAGCAUCCAUAUCCACAGUUAUUUGAAAAAAGGUAUUCUAUUAGAUUGUAGUGGUUUAAUAGGAAUUGGACCAACUCAAUAUACUCUAGUAUGUUCUUGUGAACCACAUGUUCUUUUGGUUUGUGGUUACCUAAUUACAAUGUAGAAGUGGUGGUUCACUGAUAUAGCACUCUUAUCCCUUAUUAAUGCUUGAUGAUCAGCUAUCACCAGCAAAAUAACCUAUAUUUUACGUUAAUCCAUCUUUCCCUAUCACAUAUAGAUUAGAUCCCUGUUAGCACUUUGAAAUUUUGUAAUUUGCGAUCCAAAAAGUAGUUUUUUUUUAUAGGUGCCAGAAACAUCUAUUGAAUCGAACUCACGCGAACGGAGUUGCGAUUUCCUCGGAAUGUUUUGCAUUAAACUAUUUGUGGGAUAAUGGCAGUGUAAAGUGCUAUUCAAUUCAAGCUUGUCCAAUCGGGGACUAAAUGAAGAAAUCACUUUCACGUAUUCUAUCUAACAAGCAAUGACAACAUUACAGGAGCCUUGAAAAGUGGUAUUGGUAUGUCCUACUUAAUGCAAACCUUUAUUAUUUUCUUUUUUAACCACGGCGAGUUUUGGUGAAUAGCUGAACCGCGUUCAAUCGUGCUAUGCCUUAAAUCCUGUUCUCUUUGCAAAACGCAUACUCGUUUCUCUCGUCAAUACGAAUUUCUAGGGAUAUGGACCUCAAAAGUCGGCAAGUCACACCCUGUCUGAAAUGAAACUUGUAAAUAGAGUCGCUCGGGGCCUAAAUAGCUUACAUUUCCCUAUGAUUGACGAGAAUCGAAAACUCAUUUAGACAUUUCUCAACUUCUCACCACUUUCUUUUCAUUGACUCCAUAAAGUAAUGGCAAGGAUAUGUUAUAAAAGUAGAAUCAGUCCGUUGGAUUCAUAUCAUAUUCAGUUGUUCUGUCCGGCAGUACGGGUCUGAGAAUUUAAUUUAAUUUUUUAAGAAGAAUUAUUUAUUUAAGAACUGUAAAUCUUCAGUUAACACAAGAAAACAUCCACAGAAUGCGGUGGCUUCUACUGAUUUUACCUACCAUAGUCUGGGCCGUUCAUCGUGUACCUCAUUCAGUUAGUAUUGUGCCAAAGAGUGUUUGUGGAAAUCAGUUUGUAUGUAAACCAACAAGUCAAUGCUCCGUUUGGUAUGCCGAAUUUUCUCCAUUUCCAUCAAAACCUUGCUAUGACCCUCGAGGUUCUAUGGGGAUCUGCUGCCCGGACAUCCUUCACGUAAAAUCAAGAGCAGUCAAGUUUUCGUCAAUCCAAAAGACACGCUUACCUUCGCCUGUUCAAUAUCUCCCGUCGAAACUUUUGGAACAAACUGCACGUGGAGCUCGUGCGGAUUUAACUAACAUACAAAUUAUCGAGGAAAAUCUAAACCGUAACCAGCUUACUAUGAACGAAAACUCAAUGGCCUGGACCCAUUCGCUUAAUAUGGCCCCAUUAGAAAUGUCUCGCACUCAGGGAGACAAAGCACUUUUGGUGGUAAAUGCUGCCCGUCGUUUGCAAGACAAGUUGGCGCUUUCACCGGAGCAAGCUGGAAUUGCACUGCAAACCAUUGACACAAGGUGGAGUUUGCUACAAGAUACUUGCCCUUUGCCCCCUACUUGUUUAGUGGGGAAAUACCGAUCUUUCGAUGGAACGUGCAACAACUUGCGGAAACCUUCUUGGGGCAGUGCUCUCACACCACUGGAACGUUUGGCUCCUCCAGUAUACGAUGACGGUAUAUGGCACCCCAAAAUCAGAAACUUGGGCAAAGAACUUCCAAAUGUUCGUGUAGUAAGGAGUGUACUCGUGACAGACAAAAACCACCCAGUUGUGGACAUGACUCAUAUAUUGAUGCAGUGGGGACAGUUCGUGGAUCAUGAUAUGAUUCAUGUACCCUCCUUCCGCGCAGCCAACCAAUCGAACAUUGAAUGCUGCACUAAAGAAGGUGGCGUCUUACCACCAGAAAUGCGCCAUCCUCAUUGUUUUCCUAUAGACAUACCAGCAAAAGACCCUUUCUAUGGUCCUAGAGGCGUACGUUGUUUGAACUUCGUACGUUCAAUGAUUUCACCUCGGAUUGAAUGCCGAAUGGGUUAUGCAGAACAAAUGAACGAGAUUACUCACUUUAUUGAUGCAUCGCAUGUUUACGGACCAACACCUGCUACCGCUUCCAAUUUGCGUCAGUUUGCUAGAGGACUCCUGAAAGUUUCGAUCAUCGAAGGCCGACCAUACCUACCAGAAGAUCCCCUUGAUAAAAGCUGCGUGGGUCGGAAACCUGGAUUUGGUUGUUUUCUAUCAGGUGAUACCCGCACUAAUCAAAUUAUGACGCUCACUAGCCUGCAUAUUAUCUUCCUGCGUCAACACAAUUCCCUGGCCACUAUGCUGGGGUCUAUUAAUCCGCAUUGGAGCGAUGAAGUUCUUUAUCAGGAAACUCGACGAAUUAUUGGCGCUUUGAUGCAGCACAUCACUUAUAAUGAGUUUCUUCCAUCUAUACUCGGUCGUCACACAAUGGAAAUCUACGGUUUGACCCCCCAAACCGUUGGGUAUUCAUCAAGCUACGACGAAAAUGUUAAUCCAUCUAUUACUAAUGAAUUUGCCGCUGCUGCCUUCCGCAUGGGUCACUCCCUCAUUCAGGGAGCCAUGAAUCUUGUGGAGGAAGACGGUAAAGUCCGUGUGGAGUUAAUGCGUAAUUGGUUCAACAAUCCCCACUUGCUACGCCGAGCUGGCCAGAUGGAUGCUGUUUUACGUGGUAUGGUUGAUCAAUGGCCCCAAAACAUGGACGAGUGGGUAUCAGAAGAUGUCACUAAUCAUCUUUUCCAGAGACCCAAAACAGAUUUUGGAUUAGACCUCGUAUCUUUAAACGUAUGGCGUGGUCGUGAUCAUGGAUUACCUGGCUAUAAUACUUAUCGUCAAAUCUGUGGUUUGUCGCGCAUGACAAGUUUUAAACAGCUUUUAGCAGUCAUGGAUCGUUCGGUAGUGGACCGAUUGGCUGCCGUCUAUCGUUCAGUCGACGACAUCGAUCUUUAUAUUGGUGGUCUUGUUGAACAUCACUUGCCUGGCUCCAUGCUCGGCCCCGUCUUUUCAUGUAUCAUUGCUGAACAGUUUGCCCGUUUGAAAGAGGGUGAUCGUUUCUUUUACGAGCAUGGUGGAUAUCUCAAUUCAUUUACACCAGCUCAACUACAAGAAAUUCGACGAGUGAGUUUAGCUGCUAUUAUCUGUGACAAUGCCGAUCACAUAGUGAAAAUUCAACCAUUAGUUUUCCGUCAUCCAUCUCCAAUGAAUCCACGCGUUAACUGCAAUUCGGCGAUGAUUCCUCGUCUGAAUCUUGCCGCCUGGAAACAGUUAACCCCUUAUUAAAUAUUUCAGUAAUAUAUACGACUAAUACCUUUUAUUUUUAUUUUGAAAUUAAUAGAAAUAACAAAACUCGGCUUAUAUAAUAUAUUGAAAUUAGUUCUUUAGAUGUAUGUGUAGGCCGUCGGUUGAUGGUUACGAAGGAUGUGGGUUCAAACCUCAUAAGAAAAUUUCAAUAUUUGAUUCACCUCGUAUGAUUUAUUCUGUCCGUCUAAUUUACGAAAUGAAUUCUUUCGACCAAAAUUCAAUAUUGUUACAAGUGUGAAAAGUUUAUUCACAAGUGAUGAGGAAAUAUAGCGUAUAUGUAUGUAUGAAUCAUGACGUAAUUGUAACAUCGGCUUUUGACUCUG